CGGCGGCGGCAGCAGCAUCAAAGAGCCUCGAUUCCUGCCGCCCUGGGAGCCAUGCGCGGCUGUCUGUAAUGUCAGCGGAACAGGAGAAGGACCCCAUCGCACUGAAGAGAUCCCGAGGUGGUGACAGUGGAUUGGAUGGCUUAGGAGGACCAGGAGUUCAGCUUGGAAGCCCUGAUAAAAAAAAGCGCAAAGCAAAUACACAGGGGUCAUCAUUUCCUCCUCCGUCUGAAUAUGCUCCACCACCGAACCCAAGCUCUGACCACCUUGUAGCUGCAAAUCCAUUUGAUGACAACUAUAAUACGGUGUCUUAUAAACCAAUUCCUUCAGGAAAUCCAUAUUUUAGUAAUCCUGGUUAUCCUGGAUUUGGAGGCUAUAAUACUUUCAGAAUGCCACCUCACAUGCUGCCCAGAGUGUCCUCACCAUAUGGUGGUUCUUACUCCCUCAGAGGUCAACCACAUCCUCUUCCUCAAAAYCCUGUGGGCAUGGGUUUUAGUCGACCCCACUCGUUCAGCUUUGGUCCACAUGAUAACCCAGGUUUUGGGAAUCAACCGCCUUACAGCAGUGGUCAGAUAAAUCAAAAUGUCAAUAUGCCUGCUCAGCAUUUCAGGCCAAAUCCUGGGGAGAACUUUGGCCAUUCUGGUCAGAUACCUCACCCUGAUGUGCCAACUAACUUUGGUCCUGGAAACAAUCCAAAUUUUUCAAAUUCUCAGCUAGAGUCAAACCAUUCUUUUGUUCCUCCACCGAACACGUACAACCAGACAAAAUCAUCAGCACAAAAGCAAGACUUUAGUCAAGGUGCAAGCAAAGCAUCCAGCCAGAACGCUGCUGCUCAUCAGCAUCAUCACAGGACAGAGGACAUUGUGAGUCAAGGUAACAGUGACCUAAAAAAUGUUACUCGAAACAAUGUGGUAAAUCAGGAUAACAGCCAUUCUAAUAGUGCUGAGAACACCAAUGCUGGCCACUCAAAUGGGACUCAGAGCAAGUCCCGCCAGCCUCGAGGUACUGCUGAAGGAUGCAACUCUGAAAAGAGCAGCAAAACACCCCUCCAUCCCAGUCGUCAUGGACAUUCGUCCUCUGAGCCCGUCUAUCCAUGUGGAAUUUGUACACAUGAAGUCAAUGAUGAUCAGGAUGCCAUCCUGUGUGAAGCCUCUUGUCAAAAAUGGUUCCAUCGGAUCUGUACAGGCAUGACAGAGUCAGCUUAUGGCCUUCUCACAGCAGAGGCAUCAGCAGURUGGGGCUGUGACACUUGCAUGGCUGACAAGGAUGUGCAGUUAAUGCGUACAAGAGAGACUGCAGGACCACCUGCAUUGAACACAGAAGGCUGACAGCCUCAGUUGGUGCUAGUGGAAGAAAUACUUACUAUGAAAAUUCGGUUACAAAUUGGGUACUUCACUUUCUGCAGACAAUCAGUUGUGUUUGAUUGCUGUCAUCUUUUUUUUUCCCUAAUCUGUUUUCAUUCAUAAACUUCCAUUGCAGUUUUUGUAGUCUUAGUUUUAUGAAUGCGAAUGUUUUACAGGAUGGAAUAUUUUUUAUUUCUGAUUAAACUGUAACUGACAAUUGAUCGGAAGUAGGAYGAGCAUUGACAAUAUUAUUGAAGGAAAAAAUGUGCCUGGAUGAAUAGCCCUAAUUUGCUAGUGUGUAUUAAUGUGUUAACUAACACUAGCAUUUAGUGCUUGGUUUUGAUGGUACUAUAUUUGCAAGUGCUCAUUACUUUGGUUUUUUCUUUUGGCAUGAAUGUCUGUUAUUGAUGUUCUUGCUAGCCUUUCUUUGAAUAUAGUGGAGAUGACAUGGAGGAAUGUGCAGUACUAAUAGUUGUUAUUUUAGGGUAAACACAGAGAAUUUUGUAUGUGCUUUUUUCCUAUUUUUGAAGUAAAUCACUAAUGUGCUAUUCAAAAAUGGUGAAUUCAUGCUUAGUAACACAGUGAAACCCACUAUUACACAUUUYUAUUUCCUUGAAAAGGCAAUAAUCUCGUUUGACUUCUCAGCAAUUACUUGCUGAAGGCUCUUGCUAGGUCUUGCAUUAUUUGGAAAUCGUUGUGAAAUAGGAUUAAAAUGGAAAAAGAACACAUCAAGUAUGUGAAGUCCACUUCUUUAAAUCUAGAGAAUGCCAAAACUAGGGUUGCACUUGUAACCUUAAUUCAUUUAUCUUGAGGUCAUACCUUGGGAUACAGUCUCUGCAUCUGUCACAGUAGUGCAGUCAUGCAGUCAUGCAUCUCUCUCUCAUUCUUUCUCACUGAUGGUUCCAGUCUCCUGCCUCAGUGCUGCCUGAGAACUGUGAAUGAAGUAGUGCACCGAAGAUCCUGCCCAGCUUCUAGGACUGUCAGCUACAGCCUGCCCAGUCACCCUGGAUAAAGGAGGGGGCAAGGCAAUGGAAUGUGUUCUGCACAGGCUCUGAAUUGCAUGAUAAUUUGGCUAGCAAAAUCUUAAAACGAAAUUCCCACCACUGCCUGAGYCAGUCUUGCACUGAGGCGGUGGGAAAUCUGAGGUGAAGAAAAAAAAAAUACAGCUGUCAUAGCAGGUGAGUUUAGCUCACAUCAGAACUAAGUUGUCAGAAGUUUAGUUCCUUUGCUAAACCUGAUAUCCUACUGACAAGUAUGAAUGGCACUAGAGCUUCAUGUGUGAUGCUGAGAAAUUCUAUUUUAAUAAAGGUAAUUUGAUCUUAUUCUUGAUUUCAAAAGUAACUCCCCUUCUUUUUUGAAUGUGAGGAAUCAUCUGGCCUUGAACAGUUCAGCCUUAGCAGUGUGAUAAAGUUGCAUGUGCAACUGAAAAAGUUUUUUUAGCGAAGAAUCUUGUUUUGAAUUAAUAAAAGGAGACACUGUAAUAACAGAUUCUGCUUGUAAUAUGUACUACAGUGCUGCAAACCAUCUUUAAACAGCAAUCAAAUCAUAUGUCAAGAUUKCAGAUACUAGUCAUGUUCCUUAAUGUGAUAAAUUUUUCAGGUCUGUGAUGAUGAGUGAUGUAGGAAUUUAUAGAUAAUACAGUCAUCUGAUAAAGGGGUAGUUUUUAUGGUAAAUCAUGCUAAUKAGUGAAAGUAAGGCCUCUUUGAUAGUUGACCAUCAUGUUUGAUUUUAAAUGGGUUCCACUGUGGUACAUUCCUGGAAGAUGCUGUG